UAGUGUUUUCAAAAUUAUCAAUAAUUUUGUGCUUCCUUCACCAAUUCACAGGCUUCAGCUCAGUUCACCCUCAAGUUUGAUUUCUUUUGCGAUGGAUACAUUUCAAUAGCUAACUAUAGUAAUAUGUACCGUCUUGUACUCUCACCUGCCUUCGCUGGGGUAGGGUUGGUGAGAGGCUGUUCACUAAUUCCUCGUGAAAAUUCUGUACUCUCAAGACAGUUUACUUGCACAACACCACGUUGUGAUAACGAGGAGAAGGAAACCAUCAGCAACAUUGUGGAUCUGACUACCCUAGAUGACGUUGUGCCGUUCACGGAUCUGCCGAAAAUCAAAAAAUAUCGGAAUAAAAGGCGAAUAUUCCACAAACAGGGCUUCAUGAGUCAAGUCCAGCAGUUUGAUCAUGAAUUUAAAGAGCAAGAGUUGAGAUAUCGUCUUCCUCGCGUCAGUGUUGACAUCGAUCAUCUGAGAGCAUACCUGCACGACAUUAAUGCAGUGGAUGUGUGCUUCGUGCGUAUGCCCGCUACAAAGCAGUGUGUGGAGUACAAUGUAUCUAUGGUGGGCAAGUCUGAAAGACAUUGUAAAGCUCUCGGCGAAGCACUUGCUAGAGAGUUCAAACAAUCGUUUGUGGCGGAAGGCGAAACAGUGCUUCUAACAGGCUCUGCGCAUUGGUACUGCUUAGAUAUGGGAAACAUCAUGGUACAUAUUUUUUCCCAGGAAGAGCGUGGCCGCCUUCAACUCGAGAAACUCUGGCUACUUGGUCCUGAGCAUGACGAUCAGUUGCGUUUGUUCAACACCGAGUUUGAGACGAUCAUUGAUCAUUUUGCAUAGUACCACCUGCCUGCCCACCUGCUACUGCUGUUAUGCUUGUGUCUGCCAUGGAGCUGGCUCCUAGUUGCAGAAUUCAACCCUGUGCAGCAGAAUAACCGUUUCAGAACGUUCUGACUUUACUCCGGAGUUUGAGACCUUGCGCGCGUAUUUUUUCUUCUUGCCGUUGCUUCUAACCCGUAAUAUCACUAGAUCUAUCGCUAUCAGCCAUUGAAGUUGCUCAGAACCAUACAAAUGCUCUUCAGAAUUAUGGGCAUGUACUUGAUCUGAAAUUUGGCACGUUUUCUGCCUGUGGUGAUCUAGUUUACGGAGGA